UAUGACUACUUUGUCACCUUACACUCUGAAGUCCAAUGGACCUGGGGACGGAAGUGGGGAAUCACUAGGACCGUCUUCACGUUCUCACGAUAUGGACCUUUUGCUUGUGCGCUUAUGACUUCGUACUCCGCUAUCAAGACAUGGGGCGCGCAAGAUUGUGCACCUUUUAAUGAUGCUCUAAAUGGCCUACACUUCUUGAGCAUCAUUGCCGCAGAAGUUUUGUUGAUUUUCAGGGUCUACGCCUUCUCUGGCAACAAAAAGGCUUAUCUUAUAAGUAUCCUCUCAUUUGGUUCGGCCAUCUUAGUGACGUCUGUUGUCAUAAGUGCUGCCCCCAUCAAUUGGAGCCUGAUCCCAGGAGUCGGUCCCCCUUGUGUGUUUGAAGGGGCUCAUAGCAGCGCCCUCCCGUAUGCACUCUUGUUGUUCUUCGAGAUAGUUCUCAUGUCCACCACUGCAUUCUUGAGAUAUCGACACUACCUGGGUUCUCAUAGUACGUUGAUGAAGAGUGUUUAUCGUGAUGGAUUACUCUACAUGUUAUGCAUCACAAUGAUAUCUACAAUCAAUGUGAUCGUUAUCGCUGUGUUGCCCCUCUCAUACAGCGAAACGCUAAAUACACUCCAAAUUGUUGCGCACAGUGUUCUUGCUUCUCGAAUACUGUUCAAUCUCCAAGAAAGCAUGGCGCAACCGCUCAUACCCACCAACCGAUCGGCGACUACAAUUGAAUUCAAUGCGCGACCUGGAGGCAAUCAGACAGCUAGCCAGGCAGAUGAAGCUUAAACCUGCUGAUAGUUUUCUUGUGCUUUCUGCGUCCUUCGUAUUUUAGUGUUUUUUGAUUUGUUGCAUAUGUAUGUUAUGUUGUAUAUGAGCGAACGUGUAUUGUAGAAGUCUUUCUCAUCCAAUGAGCUACUGGCCUGGCGAAGAAGCUUGCAAGGACCAUUGCGAUCUGAACAAA